ACAUGCAACUCCGCCCUCUCGGCAGUCACGAAACUGCCCCCCUGACAUCGUCCGCAGUGAUGCAUCUGUCAUUCCUCUGUGAGCAACAGCUGUUUCUGCCAAAGCUGACUCUGCCGGAGGGAGGGAACAUCUAAAUGAGCACUUUCUGAAGGCCCCUGUGGAUCAUUGGAGGUGUAGGGCUUGCCGAUGCAAGAUGGGUAACUCCAGCACAACAUUGGUGCCCGGGCCUGAGGACGAAAAUGGCACGAACUUUGCAGAUCCCCAGAUGAAAAGUAUGCAACCCAGCAUGCAACCCAGCAUGGAGGAAGUGACGGACAGCGACAUCUUGGUUGUUCUACAGGACUACCCUCCACCGGACAUAAGUCAGCCUAUUUUCAGAAUUGGAGAGAAGCUCCGAGUAUUAUCCCAAGUGGAAUGGUGGUGGAAAGUGCAUUCUAUCACAACAGGAAUUGAAAACUACAUUCCACACAAUCACAUUGCGAAGGUCUACCAUGGAUGGCUAUUUGAGGGAGUGAGCAGACAGAAGGCAGAAGAGCUACUGUUCCUCCCUGGAAACAAAGUUGGCUCUUUCAUGAUAAGAGAAAGAACAAAAGAAAAAGGUGCUUAUUCCCUGUCAGUCAGAUACAGAUCUAUAAUACAUUAUCGGAUCUUCCGGCUGCCCAAUAACUGGUACUACAUCUCACCUCGACUCACCUUUCAGUGCUUGGAGGACCUUGUGAAUCACUACUCUGACACUGCAGAUGGGUUGUGCUGCGUCCUUUCUGCUCCCUGCAUGGCGCUAAUGACUGGCAACCUCAACCUCACCAACCAGGGGCCCCCGGUGGUGACGCGACACAAAUUUGACUGGCAGAAUGUCCAGAGGUCAGAGCUACUUAAAGAGAGCACACAGUGCAGCCCUGAGAACCUAGACUCCUUGAUAAGCUUUGGAGUACGGAACAGUAUCGCCUCCUACCUGUCCCUUGUGAAAUCGCAGGACACAAAACAAAAGGGCCAGUACAAGAACAAGAAAAAAUCCAUCUACACUUUCCCGGAUAACAAGAACAGAGAGGAGGACUGCUACAAGUAGAAGGACCAAACACCUCUCCAGCCAGAGAAAAUCAUCAUUAUUGUCUUGAGACUUUUGCUUACUUUUGUUUCCCCCAAGUUUUACCUGGGACAGCCUCUUCUAAAACAGCCAUAUCACCUUUGUUUUAACGGCACAGUUUCAAUUGUGAGAGAGUGUAUUGUGUAAGAGUUUUUCCUUUUGUUGCCAAUUAAAAUGGCAAUUAAAUGUAAAUCCUUUCAAUUGAGAAAAGGGAGAAAUAUAGUAAAAAUUUUAUUUUAUGUGCCUGUAUUUUUAAUUUGGCACAAAUAAGCCUUCAUAUCCAGCCAGUCAUAUCAAUCCAGAGAAAUGGUAAUGUAUUGUAGCAUUCAUAUAUAUUUAUAUAGCUUCACCUGGUUAACCUCUUGUUACUGUACUUUUAUUCAUCCUGAAUGGUCUUCCUGCAUUUGUUCUGUGAACACACUGGCUGAUCUGAUAUCAAGGGGGAUCUUUGAGUUUACUGAGGAGAGGGUAAGGCUAACUCACUAAAACUGACUGCUGGAUAUUAUUUUAAUAAUACUUCUUGCGAUUAUACGUUUGUUUAUGACAAUUCAUUGUGAAUUAAACCUUGCUAAUUCUUUUUCA